AUGCCAAAGAGAGGGAGGAGGUCGGGUGUGGGGAAGGUCGAGUAUGAGGCGAAGAAGGUAAGGAUUGCGUUGUUGCAAGAGGAGGUAGCCCGGUUAGAAAGAGAGAUUGUGGUGGAAAAACAGAGAGCAAAAGAGACCAAUGAACGCUUUGAGAAGGCCAAGGAAGAGAGCGUUGGAACUGUUUCUAGGUAUCUCUUCAUGAACAUAGAGGAUCUUAACCAUGAGGAGUGCAAGGAGUACUACCAAGAGUUGAUGCGGAUCAACCAAGAAAUUGCAAAUCGGUUGUCCUUCGAGUCCACGGGCUCAAGCAUGCCAACCCCGCAGCUACAUGUGUCUUCAGUGGAAUCACAAACGAAGGAAGAAAAGUAG